CACCAGAGAAUUAUAUUAUUUAGUAGUUAGUUAGUUAAUCAUGUUACAGACAAUAAUAGAGUGAUUAGGUAUAAGUUUUAUUUAAAAUAUUGCAAUUUGUACUUUUUUCCUACCAUUGAUCUACCUAUAUAAUCAUAGGUACCAUUUAAUUUGUUAGUUUGCGGGUUUCGAUGGCGGUUGGACGGAGGGGGGGAAUGGUUAAGCCGUUUAGGUUAUGAGUCUAAAGAUAGGUUUGUGCAUGAACAUAUUAUAUACUGUUAGGUUUUUUUUAUUACUUUUUUACUAACCUAACCUAAGCCCUAAGGGUUGUGCAAGCAGCACAAAAUUAUUGCCUGUGAUACUACACAUUGAUAAGAAUAUGAUACAACAACAGCUGAAUAACUUUAAGCUAAAUAGUAUAUACUAAUAAGCAUUUUAAAAUGAAUUUUUUGUUAAGUAUAUUGUUUAAACAUUUUAAUUAAUUAGUUCAUUCUGUGUUUUAGUUUUAAUAAGUAGUUUGUAACUAAUAAACUUUUCCUAAAAAUGUCAUAUGAUUUCAAGAAAGAAGAAGAUGUUAAGGAAUAUAUUAAAAACUUAGGAAUUGAAUAUAGAUUUGGAUGUUUCAGUGAAAAAGAUGCACAAAUAUGCCAGUUACUUGGUGAUUACUUAGAGACUGUAGAAAAUAACCAUGAUAAGGCAGCUAAAAUAUAUAAAGAAAAUUGUGAUGAACGGAAUUUUGGUCGCAGUUGCUACAAGUAUGCUGCUUAUGUUGAAAAAAAUAACUUGAAAAAUCUCAAACCAGUACUUCCUGAGAUGAUAAGAUAUUUUAAGAAAGGCUGUGAAUAUAAUUGGUCUGAUGGAUGUUUUGCUGCAGGAAUGAAACUCCGUUAUCACAGUGAUUCAAUUACUGAUGUUGAUGAAAGAACAAAAAGUUUACUUGAAAGUCUGCAUUACUUAGAAAAAGCAUGUAAUAACAAGCAUUCAGAAGCAUGUUAUGUAGCUAGUAAUAUUCAUUUUGCUGGCAUUAAGGAAAUUGGAUUGGAACCUAAUAUGUCCAAAGUCUUAGAAUACUCAAUAAAAGCUUGUGAUCAAAAUGAAUUAAAAGGUUGUGUUAAUGCAUCAAUUAUAUAUAAAAAAGGAGAUGGUGUACCUAAAGAUUUGAAUCUUGCUCAGAAGUAUAAAGAACGAGCAUUAGAUAUACAAAGACAAAUUAAAGAAGAAAAAGGUAUACAAUUUGGUUAAAUGAUUAUUUUAUAAUUAUUAUUAGUUAUCAUUAAAAAAAAAAAAUGUUGAAUUAUAUAUUUUAUAUUAAUGAUUAUGAGUUAUGACAUUGCUUAUUGUUAAUCUUAAUAAAAAUCAGAUUAUCUACUGUUUA